UUUAUCUGAAUUUAGAAGCAAGAAGUUUCUGGACAUCCAGUCCUUGAUGUCCCUAAGACAUGCCUGAAGUUUAACCAACGAUUCUGUCUCAUCCGGCUUCAUAGACAAAUAGAGCUGCGUAUCAUCAGCAUAACAAUGAAAGUGUAUAUGGCUAUGUAUUGCCAACUCAGAAUUAAAUACAGAGCGAAGUAGCUAAAGUGAUGACAGGUAGUGUUUGGCUGUGUUCCGCCAGUCAAAAGUCCAUAUCGUGUGAUAAUAUAUACAUUUGUUGCUUCGUAUAAUUUUACUUGAGGCCGAGAUCAAAUUUCACCCCCCUACAGUUGUCAUGGAAGUAAAAUCUAACUAUGGAGACCAAAACUGUUUUCGUACCAGACUGUAAAUUUGUUUAUUUCUGCUGUCAAGUUGGACAAUCUAACAUGGAGGUUAGUGGAGAUGAACUCACUGACUGCGUUUACAUGCAUCAAUAACCCUUUUAAAACCCAAAUAUUAGCAAUAACCUGGUUGUGCACAGCCAUGUAAACACCAAUAACCCCUUUGAAUAACCGGAAUUUGCUCAUAUUCCGGCUUUUAAAAACCCCAAUAUGAGCCCUGGGUUACUCCUUUUAAAACCUGAAUAUUGGGUCAUGUAAACGCCAAACGGAAUAUCCCCAUCAAAAGGAACAGGAAUUUGUUUUCUGAGCAUGUUCUUUUCGCAAGGAAUCUUGUUUUUUUGAGUCCAGGAAGUUCUUAUAAACAUGGAGAAACGCAAGACCACGCCACACUUUUGCAGUGAGGAGGAGACUAAUCAUUUUAUAAAUGUAAUGAAAGAUAUGAACAUUUCUGCAUUUGUAGACGGUAUAAAGUACAGGGAUAGCGAGAUUUACAAGACGGUGAGCGAAAAGUUGCGUGAAGCAGCAUUUGUUUUGAAUUUGGAAUCAGGAAGAAGAAGUGGAAAUGACGGGAAUUGCGUCAUGAUGUUCUCAGUGCGUUGCUGGUUUGAUCGAGAUAUCCCAAAUGAUUAAUUACCAUGUAAACAGGGAUAACCCUGUUUGCUCAUGCAUGGAAACAGAUUAUUCCCAAUGUUUCAGUAACCGGAAUAUUAGCAAUAACCCGAAUUUUGACUGCAUGUAAACGCAGUCACUGUUGGAUCCAGAUCUUAGCGGUCGGUAGAGGAACUGCAGGUCCGGAUCGUCACCCCAGCGGUCGGUAAAGGAACUGAAACUUGAUGUAGUUCAGCAUUAGCCUCAGUCUGAAAGUUGGGUAAUUGACACUUGAUCUACUGCAGUUUAUGAAAAAUUCCGUUGUUUUUGUUGUUGUUUUUCUGUCAUUUAUGGGUUUUAAUAUGUUUAUUUUGUUUUGCUAUUACAAUGUUUUAAACUACACAGUUUUUCCUGGCAUUUCAUCACAGAACUUUACACUAGUUUUUUGGACCUGCCGGCUUGCCAUAGGCUGGUCUGGAGUCGUGCAUGCUGUUUUCCUGCACUUGUGCUUUCCACCAGCAGAGAGGCAGAGCAGCAGCUGGAACCAGCAGGAAUGUGUCUCUGCAGGACCUAAUACUGGCUGAAAGUCCUCAGGCUCCAGUUAAACAUGUCGUCCUCAUACGCAGCGGCUAUAUCUGCCCUUAUUUCGACAAGUGGCUCUAACCCGCCCGUCAAAGCCAGCCCUCCACCCGUCAAAGCCAGCCCUCCACCCGUCAAAGCCAGCCCUCCACCCGCCUCGCAGACGCAGAGCCGUCCUCCCUCCUCGCAGACGCAGAGCCGUCUGCCCUCCUCGCAGACGCAGAGCCGUCUGCCCUCCUCGCAGACGCAGAGCCGUCUGCCCUCCUCGCAGACGCAGAGCCGUCCGCCCAGGAAGGAGCCCCGCUGCCCUGCGGUCCAGCCCCCCGACCCUCUGGGGUCUUACGACGAGCAGCAGGAGAAUCCUGCAGAGUACGGCAUUGGUGGUUACUACCCGGUAGGGAUCGGAGAAAUCUUCGCUGACCGCUACCAAGUGGUUAAAAAGCUGGGAUGGGGUCAUUUCUCCACCGUAUGGCUCUGCUGGGACAUGCAGACGAGGCACUUUGUGGCUCUGAAGGUGGUGAAGAGCGCUCAGACAUUCACGGAGACGGCUCUGGAUGAGAUCAAACUCCUGAAAUGUGUCAGGGACAGUGACCUCAAAGAUCCCAAACGUGAGAGGAUCGUGCGCCUGAUUGAUGACUUCAGGAUCUCCGGGGUGACGGGAGAGCACGUGUGCAUGGUUCUGGAGGUUCUGGGCCAGCAGCUUUUGAAGUGGAUCAUCAAAUCCAACUACGCUGGCCUCCCCUUGCCCUGCGUCAAGAGCAUCCUCAGACAGGUUCUGCAGGGUUUGGAUUACUUGCACACUAAAUGCAAGAUAAUCCACACGGACAUCAAACCUGAGAACAUCCUCCUGAGGGUGGAAGAUGCUCAUAUUGAAAAGCUGGCAGCCAACACCAGGCUGUGGCAGCUUCCCGUUUCCGCCGUCCUCAGCGACGCAGCAAACAGAGGCGCCAGACAAAAACAGAGUCUUUUCCACGUUCUGGAGAGGCUGACUGGGAUUUUCCACUCUCUUGGGGAAUGGUCCAGUAAGGUCUCGAGGAGUCGGGUGAAGCGGCCCUCCCGGGGCCAGCAGGGUUCCCCGGCCCAGGGGCCAGACGGGCCUCGUGGGCCCCGUUCUGUUGCCUCCAGCACACACAGCGUUAGUGGUCCUCUGAAGCUCGCAGCUUCCAAAGGCAGGGAGAGGAGAUGUACUCUGCUGCUGGAGGACGAGCUGGUGAUGAGCAGCGUCUCCCACAGCCAGAGGAACCCACUGUGCUCCUGCCCGGACCUCAGCGUGGAGUCUCCCGUCAUCGCCCCCAGAUCUGCGCUCCAGCGUCCGACUGCAGGCGCAGAGCCGCCUCCUACUCCGUCCUCAGCUCCAGACGUCGGGGAGCCGGAUGCGCCGCUGGACCUACUGAAGCCUCAGAAUGCCGACAAAAUUUGCAUCAAGAUAGCUGACCUGGGCAAUGCCUGCUGGGUGCACAAACACUUCGCUGAGGACAUCCAGACGUGUCAGUACCGCUCCAUCGAGGUGCUGAUCGGCGCUGACUACGACACGCCGGCUGAUAUCUGGAGCACGGCUUGCAUGGCGUUUGAGCUGGCCACCGGAGACUACCUGUUCGACCCCCAGCCAGGACCCACCUUCUCCCGCGAGGAAGACCACAUCGCCCACAUCAUGGAGCUGCUGGGACCUCUGCCCUGCCAGUUCGCCCUCUCGGGGAGAAACUCCAAGCGCUAUUUCAGUCGGAAAGGACAACUUCGCCACAUCGGCAAGCUGAAGCCGUGGAGUCUGUUGGAAAUCCUGCUGGAUAAAUACGAGUGGCCGCAUGAGGAGGCCGUGCAGUUCACUUCCUUCCUGUCCACCAUGCUGGAACUGCUGCCGCGGAAAAGAGCCACGGCGGCCCAGUGUCUGAAACACCCCUGGAUCAGCCCCUAGAGGCCCCUAGGGGCCCCGGCCGAGCCUCCGGGGCCACGGCAGGCCCGGUGUCUGAAACACCCCUGGAUCUGCCCCUAGGGGCCCCGGCCGAGCCUCCAGGGCCACGGCAG